UAUGUGUAUUCUGCCCUGCCUAGUACAGUAUUGCGUAUCAGAUCUAACGAUCAGAUGAAUUUGGUCUCUCCGUCUCUGUUAGGAUAUAAUAGUACGUAUCUACUUCGAUCGUAUGCCUAGUGCAUUUUCUUGUGCUCCAAAUAUUAAUUUCAUAUUUUGUGAACUCGAAUAAUACAAAUUAUUUUCAAUAAUAUCAGAACCUUAAAUAUUUAUUUCAUACCUUUCGUCGAAAUCUACGUAAAUUCUAUAUUAUUAUCGGUAGCAAAAUGUCUGUUCCUUUAAAACCAGAGCUUCUUGCACAAUUGGAAGCAUUUUUCAAUAUAUGCAUGAUAAAUCCUUCUUUGUUAAAUCAGCCAGAAUAUUCCUUUAUAAAAACGUUCAUUGAAUUUUUUGGAGGACGGAUACCAAAAACAAAUCAACAAUCAAGUAAUGAACCACCAAGCAAAAAAUCAGAAGAUGCAAAUGCAUCUAAAGAACCUGAACCAAAUCCAGAACCGGAACCAGAAAGCGAAGAAAGUGAUAUUGAUCUUGAUAUGAAUGGAGUAAUUGAACCAGAUGAAGAUACUCCUCAAAAAAUGGGAAAUCCUACUUUGCAACCAACAGAAGAAGAAAUUGCAGAAUCUCAGGCUAAACGUUCCGAAGCUGUAUCAGCUUUUAUAGAAAAAGAUUAUGAAAAGGCUAUAGAACUUUAUACAGAAGCUAUAGUAUUAAAUCCACAGGCAUCGUUACUUUAUGCCAAACGUGGACAAAUUUUCAUGUUAAUGAAUAAGCCUAAUGCCUGUAUUCGUGAUUGUAAUCGUGCUUUGGAACUAAAUCCGGAUAGUGCAGCAGCUCACAAGUUUAGAGGAAGGGCCUAUCACUUGCUUGGAAAAUUCGAAGAAGCGGCUACUGAUUUGAGACUUGCUUGUAAAUUUGACUUUGAUGAGCAAGCUGAUGAGUGGUUACGAGAAGUUACACCAAACGCUCGCAAGAUCGAGGAACAUAAGAGAAAGAAGGAACGCAAGAUACAAGAAAAAUUAGAACGUGAGAGACAAGAAAGAUUAAGGAAAGCUCGAGAAAGUGCAAAGGCUUAUGAGGACAACACCCGUACUUCCCAAACUGAUCAUCCCGGAGAUAGCCCUGGAAUGGGAGACUUUUAUAAAUUUUUAAAUGAUCCAGACGUUCUCCAAGCUUUCCAGGAUCCUGAAAUCGCUGAGGCCUUCAAAGAAAUUUCUACAAACCCAGCAAAUAUUUUGAAGUACCAAAACAAUCCGACGGUCAUGGCGUUUAUUAAUAAGAUGGCUUCGAAAUUUGGCGGAGCUGGUAAUAUCCCAGGUGGUUUUCCUGGUAUGAUGGGUGGUAUGCCCGGAGCCCCAGGAGCUGGAGCUCCAAAACCGAAACCACAGGACGACGUUGGCCUUGAUUAAAGCUGGUGUGCUCGAAAUUCCUUCUCAAUUUACCUUCAGAUGAUUUACAAGGCUCUGAAUAAUUGAGUUAAAGCGACCAUUAUAUGGUGUCUUAUUAAACUAAUACUAACAAAUUAACCGUGAGUUGGAUUGUAAAAAGAUAUAUCUUUGUUGCCAUAAA